AUGAGGUCGUUUCAAGGCCGGCGGGUCGUGUGGCCCUACGCUGGUCCCAUCUUUGUCCUGCUCACCACCGUGGUUGUGUUGACGGUGUACCUGACGGCCUACAGCGUGGGGGGCUCCAGCAUGGUGUCGCGCGGGCAGCAGCGGGUGAAGCUCACCAAUAGCAUCAUCAACAUCAAGACGGAACGCUUCCUGCAGUGCCGCUCGCGUGUGCAGCUGCUGAAGAGCGGUCAGGCGACAGCAGCUCAGGCCGCUGAGAGCGCCGCUGGUGAUCGGGAGAAACUCCGGGCGGAGCUUGAGCUCUUUGAGAACCGCAACGCCAUUGUGUUGCAGGCGGUGGAGGACUGCAAGCGAGAGAGUGAGGGGUUGAAGGAGAAGCGCAGCGCGGCGGCGGUGGAGCAGUGGCUGGAGCAACUCGAAGAGGAGCGGCAGCGCUACGUCAUGGCCAUCGCGCUCGUCAACUCCACCGCCAACAGCAGCAGCAGCAGCUCUUUGGGCUGGGGGAAUAUUACGGGCCUCGUCACCGCGCUCGAAAGGGAGAUGGAGAUGCACACGCGUGGGCUUCGCAACGACAACAGCGUGCUGGAGCGGUGCUAUGGCGCAAUGCAGCGCUACAGUAUCGUGUUCGACGCUGGCAGUACCGGCAGCCGCGUGCAUGUGUUCCGCUACAACUUGUCGACAAACCCGCACGCCGGCGCACACGACUGGCGUGCCACACGUCCGUCGCUGAUGCCGUUCCUGCGCCUCGAGGACGAACUCUUCGUGGAGAACCACAACCCACUGUCAGGCUAUGCCAACGCCGAUGAGGCGGCCGCGUCUCUGUCGCCUCUGCUCGAGGCGGCCAAGGCGUAUGUGCCGGCGGAGAUGCACACGUGCGCGCCUGUGGAGCUGAAGGCAACAGCGGGGCUCCGCCGCAUCGGCCGUGAGCGCGCAGAGGCGGUGCUGCAGGCGGUGCGGCGCCACUUCCGCAGCGGGCCAUUUUGGCUACAAUCGGAGGGGAACGCCGUGCGCAUUCUCGAGGGUAGCGAAGAGGGGCCGCUCGCGUGGCUCACCGUCAACUAUCUCCGCGGCGCCAUGAGUGGCAACACGGCGACGGCCACCAUCGUUGACCUCGGCGGUGGGUCGACGCAGAUCGUCAUGCACCCGAAGGAUUCCAAGGUGCUCGACGCACGCAAAGAUUUUUCCCACGUCUUUCGUGCGAACGGGAACGCGUUUGUUGUGUAUCAGCACAGUUACGAGGGCAACGGUCUGCACGCCGCAAAAGAGCAACUCCUGCGGGCUGUGGAAGCCGCGGCAGAGGAAGCUUCCGGGAGCACCGCCACCGCCGCGGUCGAGAAGCCUGCAGAAGCAGCAGCGCUGCGCUCAGCCUUUCCGUGCUUCCCGAAGGGAUACGUCUACAAGGAAAGGAACAUCUCUAACGUUAAGAACGGCGGCGUGGCACCAUCAAUGGAGAAGUGUGUUGCACUCUUUAAGAAGCACGUUGUUCGCGGGCACGAGCCGUGUGGCACAGACUCGUGUGGUUUCAACGGCAUCUUCCAACCUAACGUGACGGCCGCAGCAAGUGGUCCUGUGUACGCGUUCUCCUUCUACUACGACCGCCUGAAACCGUACUUGGAUGGGGAAGCCACAACGGUGCAGAAUGUGGAGAGGAUAGCGAGUGAUGUUUGCAGCAGAAUGAAGACAGCAGAAGAUCUGCAGAAUGUGGCUGACGCAGCAAAACAGAGUGGCACACUUCGGCCAGAGAUGGAAUGCUUUGAGCUGUCAUACCUCUUCGCGCUGCUGCACCAUGGCUUCGGCUUCCCGCGCGAGCAGCAGCUCCAUAUAGCGAAGAAAAUUAAUGGCUUUGAGACCGCAUGGGCGCUGGGUGCCUCACUUGUCACUCUUGAGGGACAGUCUGGCUAA